UUUCCCACAUAGCUAAGAAUUCCCCCCUCCUUGUACACCAAAAGCGGUGGUCUCCUCCUCCAUCCCAAAACCCUAAACCCUAAACCCUAACCCCUAACCCAAAAUCGUCAUCAUGCCGCUUUCUUCCUCCUCUGACAGCGACGGCGACGGCGACGACGACAGAGAGAUGCUGCGAAGGAUCCUCGCCAAGACCGGGACCUCCGCAAUGGAAAUCCCCAAUGAUUCGGACUCCGAUAGCAGCGGAAGCGACGUUUUGGGUUGGUUUCGGCAAAUUCAAGAGAAGUUCUCGAUCAAUUCUGACGGUCCUGAUCCAUUUCCGGUGAUCAAACCGCUCAGGUCGGUAGCACCGUCGGAUUCCGAUGACGACGAUGUCAUGGAGACAAUGGCGGCGAUCCAUCGGAGGUUCGAUCAGUACGAAAACGAUGUUAUGAAGGAUCAAGAUCAGAUCGUUAUGCAAGAAACUAAUACGACAGUUACAGAUAUUACCUCACAGCAAGAAAUAACUGAUAUAUUGUCAAAGGAUCUAAAUUGCACACAUCAGCUUCGGAAUUCUAGUUUUACUGGCUUACAUCAACUGGUAGAUAUAUCCGGCGACGUACCCAUGAAGGCUCUCACGUACUCACAGUUCCCUAAGUCUGCCCAGAAUUUUGUUAGUGCCCUCAAGAAGAAUAGAUCAUGCCAAAGGUUUAUUAGGAGGAAGUUGAUAGAAAUUGAAGCAAAGAUUGAAGAAAGUAAAAGACUGAAAGAACGUAUAAAAUGUCUUAUGGAUUUCCAACUUUCUUGUAAAAGGAAAAUCGGACAUAUUAUAUGUCAGAAGAAGGACCCUCGUGUCAGAUUAAUCUCAAUGCAAAAGCAAAGGACAUCGAAGGCAAUGAAGGGUGAAUCUGCUACAAAGAUCCCGGCUUUGUGUCAUGGUCCACCUGAAAAUUCUCAUGUUUCCAAGUAUAAGAUGGUAUUGAAGAGGUUCCCUCUACCAUUUAAAAAACAACAUUGGUCAGUUGUAGAGAAGGAGAACCUUGCAAAAGGAUUAAAACAACAAUAUCAAGAGAUGCUGCUUUUGAAUUCUAUGAACUUGGAAAGUGAUUUAGAGAGUUCUAUGAAUCCGGACAUGAUGUCUGCUAUAUUAAGCAAUGAUCUUGAAGUUACCUCUGAGAAAAUCAGAUCUUUCCUUCCAUUGGUUAACUGGGAUCGGUUGGCUUCCAUGUAUGUUUCAGGUCGUUCUGGCCUGGAGUGUGAAUCAAGGUGGUUGAACUGUGAAGAUCCAUUGAUUAAUUACAGCCCUUGGACCAUAUUGGAAGAUAAGAAGCUUCUAUUGAUUGUCCAAGAACGGGGUAUUUACAAUUGGAUUGACAUUGCAGUUAUGCUAGGGACCCGAAGAACUCCAUUUCAGUGCUUGGCACGGUAUCAGAGGAGUCUCAAUCCUCAUAUUCUGAACAAGAACUGGACAGAAGAUGAGGAUUUUAUGCUUCGUACAGCUGUGGAGAUUUUCGGUGAACAUAACUGGCAACUCGUAGCUUCUAACCUGGAGGGCCGUACAGGUACUCAAUGUUCUAAUAGGUGGCUUAAAACUCUUAACCCUGAGAGGAGAAAAGUGGGGAGAUGGUCUGUGGAUGAAGAUAAGCGCUUGAAAGUGGCUGUGAUGCUUUUUGGAGCCAAAAACUGGAAAAAGAUAGCUCGUUUUGCUCCUGGUCGAACUCAAGUUCAAUGUAGAGAAAGGUGGCUGAAUUGUCUUGAUCCCUCGUUGAAGCUUGAAGCAUGGACUACAGAGGAGGAUGACAAGUUAAAAGCAGCAAUAGACGAGCAUGGAUAUAGUUGGUCCAAGGUGGCAACUUGUGUACCUCCACGUACUGACAAUCAGUGCAUGAGGAGAUGGAAAUAUCUCUUUCCAGAGGAAGUGUCACUGCUUCGAGAAGCUCGGCGGUUGAAGAAGACUGUUCUUAUAUCAAAUUUUGUAGAUCGAGAGAGCGAGCGGCCUUUAAUUGGACCAGGUGACUUCUCAUCACUUGUAAGUACUCCUGCAGAAUGUGGAAAUAGCAGCAAGGGCAGCAAGAAAAGGUCAAGAGAAGGAGCCGAAAGGGAGAAACAAAGGGAGGUGUCACGUAAUAAGAAAAGCAAGAAGUCUAGAGCUAAGUCCAGAAGGUGUUCUGAAGAAAAUAUGUCAGGCAAUAACUCUUUGAACUCCGGCGAAGCUCCUUUUACUGAC